GCCAGACUCUCUUCAUCCCCACAGGCUGGAUUCAUUCAGUUUUGACUCCUGUGGACUGCCUGGCUUUUGGCGGAAACUUCCUGCACAGUCUAAAUAUAGCAAUGCAGCUCAGAGCAUAUGAGAUUGAAAAGCGGCUGAGUACGGCUGAUCUGUUCAAGUUUCCAAAUUUUGAGUCCAUCUGUUGGUAUGUGGGAAAACACUUACUGGACACAUUUCGUGGUCUGCGAGAGAACAGAAGCAUCCAGCUACGUACCUGCUGCAUGGAGCCAAAGCGCUUAAUACAGCUUUUAGGUCCUGGACCAAGAAAGAGGCAUUAAUGGAUCACGAGGAGGAAAUCCCAGAGACCAUAGUUACUUCUCAGCUCAUUAAGGAUCUUGAUCGAGAAAUCCGGCUAAUGGAGGAUAUAUUUCAUCAAAACAUUGAGAAGACUGGCAAUCUUUUGGGUAUGACGAGAAGCCCCAUGACAAGCACUUCCUCUCCCGUGAAAAUGUCUCUGCUGGCCAAGGGUCCUAAGAAAAAGGGGGUCAAGACCAAAGAUUUUGUCAAAAAAGGUGGAAGAUGGGGCAAAGAUGGGCAGGACGAUGACUCGGAGCUUGCUGAUAUUCAAAAUCCGAGGAAGGUCUUUGUUCACAAGAAAGAAAUGGUG